AUGAAUUUGAAUGUUAGUAACAACGAAUUGGCAUUCAUUCAGUUACUUAAUGAAUGCCAAAUUCGAGUCAUGGCACCUGACAAGGGUGGGGGUCUGAUAUUAAUGGGCAAUUUUGAAUAUGAAAACAAGAUGCUGGAAUACCUAAACACAGGUCCUUAUAUUCUUUCAAGUAUUAACGAGGUCAAUAUUGCUAACAAAAAAAUCAGGGAAAUGUUGGAUGAGCUAUUUCUAGAAGAAAUAAUAGACUAUGAUCUAUUAUAUGAAGAUGAAAUUAACAAUCGCACUGCUGCUGAGAAUGAAUCUAUGACCUUAAAGAAACAUGAUGGUGCUGCUUUUCUGCAGAAAUCUAAACAGGAAGCUAAACUGAAUGGUCUAUGGGAUGAAAUAAAUUUCAUCAGAAAGUCAUAUAAUGAGGAGCUGGAACAAAUGAACUUGUAUGUUAAAGAUGUCACAGCUAUUACUGAAGUGGACAACAGACAAGACUUUGAAAUGAACGCUAGCCUUGAAACUCUUAAAGCCCAGUAUGAUGACAUAAUUAAGCACAGUAGAGUUGAAGCUCACACACUUUAUCAGCGCAAGUAUGAGGAGUUGGUGACUUCCGCAAACUGCUAUGGUGAUAAUAUCCGUAACACCAAAACUAAGAUACAAGAAAUGAAGAGAAAUAUCCCAAGACUUAGGAAUGAAAUUGAGAAUCUGAAGCAACAGAAUGCCAAUUUAGAGACUGCCUUUGCUGAAACAGAGGAACAUGGUGAGACAGCUGUUAAAGAUGCCAGGCUGAAGCUGGCAGAGAAAGAGGCUGCCCUACAGAAGGCGAAGGAGAACAUGGCCCGUCUGACACAUGAUUAUCAGAAGCUGAUGAAAGUCAAGAUAUCCUUAGAUAUAGAGAUGACUUUCUACGGGAAACUACUGGAAGAAUAACAGAGGGAUAGGUCAAAAAUAUGUUAAAUAUAUUUU